GCCGCCGCGGGCAGACCCAACUCCGCUCGGCUCCGCUCGGCUCGGUGCGCGCCGCGGCCAUGCAGCGCCGGGGCGCCCUGUUCGGCGUGCCGGGCGGCAGCGGCAGCAGGAAGAUGGCUGCAGGGGACAUCGGCGAGCUGCUGGUGCCCCACAUGCCCACGAUCCGCGUGCCCAGGUCCGGGGACAGGGUCUACAAGACCGAAUGCGCCUUCUCCUACGACUCGCCGAAUUCUGAAGGUGGACUCUAUGUUUGCAUGAAUACGUUUUUGGCCUUUGGAAGGGAACACGUUGAAAGACAUUUUCGAAAAACUGGACAGAGUGUAUACAUGCACCUGAAAAGACACGUGCGAGAGAAAGUAAAAGGGGCAUCUGGUGGAGCUUUACCCAAAAGGAGGAAUUCCAAGAUUUUUUUAGAUCUAGAUACUGAUGACGAUUUAAAUAGCGACGAUUAUGAAUAUGAAGAUGAAGCCAAACUUGUUAUAUUCCCAGACCACUAUGAAAUAGCACUACCAAAUAUUGAGGAGUUACCUGCCCUGGUAACAAUUGCUUGUGAUGCAGUUCUUAGCUCAAAAUCUCCAUACAGAAAACAAGACCCAGACACCUGGGAACAUGAGUUGCCAGUAUCCAAGUAUGCCAAUAACCUCACCCAGUUGGACAAUGGAGUCAGGAUUCCUCCAAGUGGUUGGAAGUGUGCCAGAUGUGACCUGCGGGAAAACCUCUGGUUGAACCUCACCGAUGGCUCCGUCCUGUGUGGGAAGUGGUUCUUUGACAGCUCUGGGGGCAACGGGCACGCCCUGGAGCAUUACAGAGACAUGGGCUACCCUCUCGCCGUGAAACUGGGAACCAUCACUCCUGACGGGGCAGAUGUUUAUUCGUUUCAAGAAGAGGAACCUGUUACGGAUCCUCACUUGGCCAAGCACUUGGCGCAUUUUGGAAUCGAUAUGCUUCAUAUGCACGGGACAGAGAACGGGCUCCGGGACAAUGACAUCAAGCCGCGGGUCAGCGAGUGGGAAGUGAUCCAGGAGACGGGGACGAAGCUGAAGCCCAUGUAUGGCCCCGGGUACACGGGGCUCAAGAACCUGGGCAACAGCUGCUACCUCAGCUCCGUCAUGCAGGCCAUCUUCAGCAUCCCCGAGUUCCAGAGAGCGUAUGUAGGAAAUCUUCCCAGAAUAUUUGACUAUUCUCCUUUAGAUCCAACACAAGAUUUCAACACACAGAUGACUAAGUUAGGACAUGGCCUUCUCUCAGGCCAGUAUUCCAAGCCUCCAGUGAAAUCCGAACUCAUCGAACAGGUGAUGAAGGAGGAGCAUAAGCCUCAGCAGAAUGGGAUCUCUCCACGCAUGUUUAAGGCCUUUGUAAGCAAGAGUCAUCCGGAAUUCUCCUCCAACAGACAGCAGGAUGCCCAGGAGUUCUUCCUGCACCUGGUGAAUCUGGUAGAGAGGAACCGCAUUGGCUCAGAAAAUCCAAGUGAUGUUUUCCGGUUUUUGGUGGAAGAACGCAUUCAGUGCUGUCAGACCCGAAAAGUCCGCUACACGGAGAGGGUGGAUUACCUGAUGCAGUUACCUGUGGCCAUGGAGGCAGCAACCAACAAAGAUGAACUGAUUGCCUAUGAGUUAACGAGAAGGGAAGCAGAAGCAAACAGAAGACCCCUUCCUGAGUUGGUUCGUGCCAAGAUACCAUUUAGUGCCUGCCUCCAGGCCUUUUCUGAACCAGAAAACGUGGAUGAUUUCUGGAGCAGUGCCCUACAGGCAAAGUCUGCGGGUGUGAAAACAUCUCGCUUUGCCUCAUUCCCUGAAUACUUGGUAGUGCAGAUAAAGAAGUUCACUUUUGGUCUUGACUGGGUUCCCAAAAAAUUCGAUGUUUCUAUUGAUAUGCCAGACCUACUUGAUAUCAACCAUCUCCGAGCCAGGGGGUUACAGCCAGGAGAGGAGGAACUUCCGGACAUCAGCCCCCCCAUCGUCAUUCCUGAUGACUCAAAAGAUCGCCUGAUGAACCAACUGAUAGACCCCUCAGACAUCGACGAGUCAUCGGUGAUGCAGCUGGCCGAGAUGGGCUUCCCUCUAGAAGCGUGUCGGAAGGCUGUGUACUUUACUGGAAAUAUGGGAGCCGAGGUGGCCUUUAACUGGAUCAUUGUUCACAUGGAGGAGCCAGAUUUUGCCGAACCGUUGACCAUGCCUGGUUAUGGAGGAGCAGCCUCUGCUGGAGCCUCUGUUUUUGGUGCUACUGGGCUGGAUAACCAGCCUCCGGAGGAGACUGUAUCUAUCAUCACCUCCAUGGGAUUCCAUCGAAAUCAGGCUAUUCAGGCGCUACGAGCAACGAACAGUAACCUGGAAAGAGCCCUGGAUUGGAUCUUUAGCCACCCCGAGUUUGAGGAGGACAGUGACUUUGUGAUCGAGAUGGAGAAUAACGCCAAUGCAAACAUUAUUUCCGAGGCCAAGCCGGAAGGACCUCGAGUUAAGGAUGGAUCUGGAAUGUACGAAUUAUUUGCAUUCAUCAGUCACAUGGGAACAUCUACAAUGAGUGGCCAUUAUGUUUGCCAUAUCAAAAAGGAAGGAAGAUGGGUGAUCUACAAUGACCACAGAGUGUGUGCCUCAGAAAGGCCCCCUAAAGACCUGGGCUACAUGUACUUUUACCGCAGGAUACCAAGCUAAACCUCAGAUGUACAAAUCGGCGAGAAGCCAUACGCCUUUUUAAUUUGCCAAAAAAAAAAAAAAAAAAAAGUUGGGACAGCCAGACAUGAAGGAAUACAUGGGGGUAUUUAUAGUUUAUUUAAAGAACAUCAUUUGACGCCUUCUGAAAUAGAACUGGGAAGACAUUUCUAUUAGCAAUGAUACACUACUGUAGAUAGUUUUUCUUUUUAUAAAUGUUCGAGGAGAGAAUGAUUAAAAAGAGAAAAGUGUUCCUAUUGCUGGUAGGGAAUCUGCCACUGGCACGUGCCACCGGGAAUGUGCCACCUAUCCUCAGUUUUGCUUCGGGGGUCAGUGGUCUGGCCCCACCCACAAUAAAUGAAAAGCCCACUUUUGUUUCAUAGUGAAAAUCAGUAACUGGGCUGGGCUUUAUUUGUGACAUACUUUUUUCAUUCAGUACAAUGAUUUCCGACCUAUCUGUGUAUACUAAAUGAGAGUAUCUGCAAUGAAAUGUUUUUAAUUUAAUCCCAUCACAAUUCAGAACACAACUGUGCGAAUGUGUGUGAGACUGAGAUUGAGAAUGUCAACAAGGAAACCUGUGGCGGGUUGGUUUGGAAAGGUUAAAACAGUUGGCGUUAAGCAUAGCUGGGAAAAGCAAGGACAUCUUUUAAAGAAACCAUAACUCAGGAACAGUUGAAAAAAUUAGUUCCCUGCUUACAUUUUCAGGUAUAAACUGGAUGGAGUUGUCCCUUUAAGCGCUGUCAAGAAUUCACUUGGGUGUGCGACAUUUGGUGGUGUGACGCCAGAUGCCAGAUGCCCAGAGCAGCACAAUAUUAUUCUUUGCCAAAGGUAGAUGGAUUCUGUGUGUCAGCAGCCCUUCCCUCUAAGGUUUAGUGUGUAUUUUUAGCUGAUCGCUUCUUACCAUCACACAUGACAAGUCCUUGGAAUCGUGCUAAGUGCCCCGAAUUAGUCUGUGGUUUUUCUCCUCCCUGAGCUCUUUGCUUGCCUCCAUUUCUACAUUUUCUGGGGCCAGAGUCUCACCUCUGCCCUUUCUUGGCUAAUCACCUCCUGACUUGCCUUCACUGCUUAUCUACUGCCACCCACAAUGCGAUCUUGGGCACGUCCAGGGGUUCAGAUGCAAAGAAACCUGGCAUGACGUUACGAGAGACCAUCGUUUCCAUGUGGUACUUCAGCACGUUACUGGCAGCGUGGGAUUAGAAUUUCAGGUGGGAUGAAAAAGUGGAAGGCUAGGGCCCUAGAGUUCUUCUACUGCUCUGCACCAAGUUCUAGUCUCUGGAGUUUCUAUUUCAGAUGAUUCAGUCAAAUGAAAAAGGAUUUGUUGCUGUCCGCUUGACACGCCUUUGAUUGGUAGAAAGGAUCUUUUUAGAAACUGGAGGAAGAUAAAAUAGAACCAGUUGGGUGAAAUACAGCACAGAAGUGGAUUAUGACCCAGGGAGCCAUGAGUUAUCAGGAUUUGGUUAUGAUGGGGCCUGUCGCACAGAGAUCUGUGAGCACAGAGCCCCAGGGCAGGUCCCGGAGCCCUGGGGGCUGCCUCUAGCUGGACACGUCCCUCCUCCUCCCUGUGCCUCACUCUCUUUGUCUGUACAACGGUAGGAUGACAUCUGCUCUCUUUUUCCAACUUUGCUUCGAAGACAUGGUGAGAUUGGAUACCUUGAAUCUUUAAAGAGCAGCAGGUGGUGUGCCAUGGGGGGUGGUCCUAGUGGAGUAUGUUCCCUCCUCUCUCAUUUGAUGUUUUCUUCAGUUUGGGAACGAAUGAGAUUGGCAUAAGGAGGGAGCUCAUGGUGCAGUCAUUCUCUACGAAACUCUGCCCGCUGGGGUCAUAUUUAAUGCUGACUGGGACUCUGUUACAUGAGUCCUUGACUCCCGUACAAAUCCCCACGCUCAGCAACCUCACAGAGUCUGGUCUCCUUAGGGCUGAGUGAGUAUCCUGGAAUAAUGCCGCCAGACACAUCAAAAAUGACCAGUUUUCAUGCUAUUACAAAGCAAAGGCCUUUUUUAGGGGUGGGGGCGUGAUUGAGGAUUUGGAUUGAAAUGUGGACAAAGAUAGCAUGUGUAUUUUGCACAAAGUAAAAAUUUUAUAAUAAAACCUUGUAAAAUGGAUGGUAUAAAAUAAGUAUAGAAAAUUAUAAGCGAUACAAUAUUUAAUUUAAUUAAGUAGAAAAAUUAAUUUAGCCCUUUUUGAUGCCUAAACAUACUGUAAAAAAAAAAGUAAUAUGGCUGCCUUUUUUUUUCUGCCUCAAAAAACAAAGGGCUAUUUCUACAAGGCAAAGUUUUGUAUAUGUGCUAUUCUUCAUUUCAGAUGGAAAAUUGGGGAAAAACUGGAGCAAAUAAUGAGUUUCUUUCUGCUUAAAAAAUGUAUUUAUAUGUAUUCCUUAAUAUAUAUAAGGCAGGUUUCCCUGGAAUAAAAGUCUGGAACAUACUGCUUAAUUUUACACAUGUAUGUAGAUGAAAUUAUUUGUAACUGAAAACUGGAAUCAAUAAUGGGUUUUGUCAAUUGAUUAUCAGCCUGUUAGGAGUCCUCUGUGUGAGGCGUGGUGGUAUAAUUGUGAAUUUCUUACUGUGUGUGGGUGCACGUGUGAGAGAGCCUUUUUUCCUGUAAAUAUCUUUUGAUAUCCAUUUGUGUAAAAUCCCAAUGAAUGUGUCUUUGGAAAAUAUAAUGUAUCAAAGUUUUUAUUUUGUCAGUUGAUCUAAAUGUCCAUAUAACUAAUUAGAAAUCUGGUUUGGUUCAAAUUGGGGUAUUUUUUUUUAAGGGAAAAAUAGUAUACGGAAAGGACUAUUGGAAGAAUCACAUUUGAAUGCUGUUUUGCAUCAGCAUUGGUUCAAUAUUUUGACUUAGCUGUUUCCUCCCACCUACAAGAGAAUGUGCCUGACCUUCCCCUGGGCUUGCUUUGGGCUGCGGGAGGUCUAGUGUGAGUAGUGGGAGCCUGGGACUCCCAACACCAUUUAUUCCCCUGAGACCUCAAGUGGAUGGAGCCGCAGCUGCAGCUUGUGGUGAGGUCUCCUGGGUUUGCAUCCUGACUCCGCCUCUCAGUGUGAUGGGGCCAAGUCACUACCUCCCAGGGCCUUUUUCUCUAAAAUGAGUGGGUUAGACCAGAUAAGCUCAGAAGUCCUUCCCUGUCCUAACAGUCGGUUCUAUUUUUAUUUUCCUCUUGGUACUACUGAGAUCAGACUGUAAAAUAUGAUGAUCACAUAGGUUAGAUGCUAUGUUUUUGAUUUGUUACAGCAAACCCACCCCAGCUUAGAACCGAUCUCAUUUUUAGUGUUUCUACCCUGGCUUCUGUUCCACUUUCUUUGGUAAGUUUCCCAUUUUCCCACCGUUCGUGAAACUCUCCACUUUCCAGUCCAUGAGGUACGUUGUUACCAUCUCUUUCAAAAAGGAAAAAAAUCAUUUAGAAUACUUCCUGCUCUGAAAAACCUCAGAACUACCUUCAGCUAAAUCUGUCACAUUUAUACAAUAUUUCCUUUUUAAAAAAAUAUUUUUAUUGACUUCAGAGAGGAAGGGAGAGAGAGAAAGAGAAAGAGAGAGAGAAACAUCAGAGAUGAGAGAGAAUCAUUGAUCAGCUGACUCCUGCACGCCCCACACUGGGGAUCCAGCCUAGGCAUGUGCCCUGACCAGGAAUCGAACCCAGACCUCCUGGUUCAUAGGUUGAUGCUCAAUCAGUGAGCCAUGCCGGCCGGGCUAUCCAGUAUUUUCUUGUUCUAAUUCAGUUCUAGCUGUGAUCCCCAAAUAAGUGCUAAGAAAGUUGUCUACCACAGAAAGAUGCAUUUUUCAUCUCGUAGGACCACCGUUGCUAAGUCAUAUUAUCUGUGGGGAGAUGACAGGUGACAGGGGCAGGACCAGGGGAUAGGAUUAGGUAAAGUGGGAUUCUGUCCUUUACCUUAGGGCAGAAAUCCUAGGUUACAAAACAAGGGCCUGUCUGAGAUGGUCUAAGCUGGUGAUAUGAUUACCACACUGUGGCUCAGAGAUUCCCUACUCAGUACGUCAUCCUGAGAGUUUGUAUUAAUAUUCUGUAGACCUGCGCUGUUCCGUCCAGUAGUCAGUAGUCAUAUGUGGCCUCUUGAGAGUUGGCUUGUCCGAACUGAGCCUGUGCUAUGCAUAUAACAUGCACACCAGAUUUUGAAGCCUUGCUACCAAAAAAAAAAAAAAAAAAGGGAAUGUAAAAUAUUUUAUCAAUACUUUAUAGUGAUUACAUGCUGAAAUGACAAUAUUUUAGAUACGUUAAAUAAGAUAUGAAAAUUUAACUUGUUCCUUUUUAUCUUUUUUAAUGUGGCUACCCAAAAAUUUAAAAUUAGACACGUGACUCUCAUUCUUCUAUUGGGCAGUGCUAAUCUAGACGUAGAUGGUGCGGGGUAGGCAGCGCCCUGCCUUAGGUAUGGAAGGUAAUUCUCCGAAACAUCUAGACAGAAGCAACAUGAGCAUUUUUGCUGGAGUCAGGAGCACCGUGAGGCACAGAAUGCCUUCCAGAAAGCAGAAGAUUUCUCUGUGUAAAAAAGCCAAUAUGUAUAAGACCCCAAUGAAAAGACAAAAGCAAAUGAGCCCCAAACCCUGUUCCUUCGCUUUGCCUAGGAGCCUCUAACUUUGGGUUUAUUUUUCAAACCACUGCCAGGUGCCAAGGAUGUUAGCCACAGGAGGGUGCUGGGCGUGUUCGUUUCUCUUUAGGCAACAUUCUCUUGUGGUGUCCCCUCCCCAGGUAUUGUUCAGUCUGCUCAGAGCUGGGCGUGGAGAUACUGUGUAGAUCUUGCCGCCCCAGACUCACCGCUCCUCUCGGCCUCGGCAGAGCAGGUUUCGAUGUUGGCUCUCGAAAGCAUUUGUAUUUAUUUUAUUUUGCACUAGUCACAGUUGGUGUUUAAACUAUCUCAGAUGUUUGGGGAGAGUAUUUGCCUGUGAUGGAAAGAGAGAUGGAUGAUUUGUUGCUUCACUUGUUUUAAAAUUAAAAGCUAUUCUCACAAUC